AUUCCAGGUUCUUCUUCUCCUUCUUCCUCUUCUUCUUCUAAAUCGAGUCAAAUUAUUGUCAAGAUUUCGACUCCUGGUUGAGACAAUUCACACUGCAUCUCCCAUCUCCCCAUCUCCUCCAACAUGUCAACCCCGCCCAGAGUCAAAAUUGCCGUAAUCGGCGUUGGCCUCAUCGGGCCUCGUCAUGCCAGAACCGUCGUGGCCAACAACGACGCCGACCUCGUUGCCAUCGUUGAUUUAAUGCCCGGAGGAAAGGCACUCGCCGAGGAACUCAACACGGCCUACUACAAAUCCGUCGCCGAAUUGCUCGCAUCGCCGCACAAGCCCGCCGCAGCCAUCAUCUGCACACCAAACCACACCCACGUGCCCAUCUCAAAAGAACUGGUGGCCGGCGGAGUCCAUGUGUUGAUCGAGAAGCCGUUCAGCACCGACGUUGCGAGCGGAAAAGAGCUCCUGGAGCAUUUGAGAGAGACCAAGGUCAAGGCCAUAGUGGGGCACCACCGUCGCUUCAACCCGUACAUGGUGAAGGCAAAAGAAAUCGUCUCGUCCGGAUCUCUGGGCAAUGUCGUUGCCAUCAACGGCAUCUGGGCGACUUACAAGCCCUUGGACUACUUUGACGGCGUUGGGGAGUGGCGGAGGACCAAGACUGGCGGAGUCAUAUUGAUCAACAUGAUCCACGAAGUCGACCUACUGCAUUACCUCUUUGGCCCCAUUGUCAGGAUACACGCCGAAAAGACCGUAUCGCAACGUGGGUUUGAGGCCGAAGAAGGCGCCGUGCUCACCAUCCGGUUCAAGUCCGGCGCCGUGGGAAGCUUCAUCAUCUCCGACAACCUCCCCUCCCCGUACAACUUCGAGGCCGGAACCGGCGAGAACCCCCUGAUUCCAAAGUCAGGCCAGGACUUCUACCGCAUCUUUGGCACCGAGGGGUCAUUGAGUGUGCCGGAUAUGACCACCUGGUCGUAUACCGGCAAGACAAAGUCGUGGAACACGGAGCUCGUGAAGGAGAACAUCCCGGUGCCCGAGGGAAUCCCUUUCGAACUGCAACUAAAUCACUUUGUCAAGGUUAUCCGAGACCAGGAGUCCCCGAGUUGCACGGCAGAGGCAGGACUUGCAGCUCUGGCAGUGUGCCAAGCGAUCAAGGAGGCGUUGGAGGGAAACACGACUGUAGAGGUAGAACCAUUUGACUUCUAG